AUGGGUGUGCGCCAGCUCUGGAGGCCCUGUCUCUCCCUCGAGAGCUUUCAGGCGCCAUGCAGGCACUGGUCAAGCUGUCAACUCCGACUUUCAGGGCACAGCAAGUGGGCAAAGAUCAAACAUGACAAGGGCAAGGCGGAUGUCGCGAAGAGCAGGGUCCGCACCCACCUAUCUGCGGAUAUUAUAAUGGCCUCGAAGCUGGGCGGGCCCGAUCCCACCAUGAACUCCAGACUGGCUCAUGCUAUCGCCGUGGCGAAGAAAGGCCAGCUCUCGAAGACUGCCAUCGAACAUGCCAUCGCAAAAGGACAGGGGAUAUCUCCGAGCGGCCAAGCUCUUGACAAUGUGACCAUCGAGGCCAUGCUCCCUCACGGCGUCGCUGCCAUGAUCGAGUGCCAGACAGACAACAAGGCGAGGACUUUGACUAGUAUCCGGAAUAUCAUUACCAAAGCCGGCGGCACAGUAACCCCCACGGCAUUUAUGUUCGAGAAGAAGGGCCGCAUUUCGUUUGAAGAGCAGGAAAAGAUCGGUGUUGAAGACGCCCUGGAAGAUGCGAUCGAGGCGGGAGCCCUUGACAUUGCAGCGGAAGAGAACAGAUUGGUUGUCGAGACAGAACCGGCCGAUGUCAUGGCUGUUGCUCAGAAGCUGCAAAGCAAGCUGGGAAUCCAAGUGGAAAAGGCAGAGGUGGUCUACAUGCCGAACGAGGAUUCAAUGGUUUCGCUAUCCACACAGCAGGAGGAAGAGGUGCAGGCUAUUCUAGACUCGUUAGAGGAAGAUCCAAGUCUUCAGAAUCUGUAUAUUAAUGCUGAGCCUGCGUGA